CCGAGGGACUUAGUCGCUCGUGGGUGAGCCGGAGCCCCUCAAAGCUGGGAUGAUGGAAAACAACAAUGAUGAUGAAGCAAAGCUCGAAGAAGAAAUAGAAGCUGAAUUGGAUAAAAUCAGCAUUUCUUCAUUGGAAAAAGAUGAUGAUGAUAGUGAUUCAAAAUCAGAAACCCAGAGUGUUGAUAGUGAUACAGAUGUGGAUGAGUUACCUGAGUCAGUUCUUCACUGUAUUGACAUCAUAAAGAAUAAGAGUAAAACUGUUGAAGAGCUCAUUCUUCAGGACUUGGAAGAUACAGAGGUUUUAAACUAUAGUUAUGGAGUGGUUUCUAAUAAUCAUAUGCAUUUAAAGAUAGAAUUAUCAACUGAACAUAAAGAAAAUCCGGAACAAUUAAUAAAGAUGUUAUCUGAAAUAGAAAAAGAAGAAUUUCUGAGGAGUAAAACCCAUUGUAGCAGUCCUGAUUCUAUUCCAGAGCCUGGUCCUCAUGAUUUGCCUGUAGAUGAACAUGUUUUGUCAGAUGAUACUGAUAUAAAUUUUGGAUACUGUGAAGUGGAAGAAAGAUGUAGGCAGUCUUUUGAAGCUUGGCAAGACAAACAGAAAGAACUGGAAGACCAAGAGAAAGAAACUCUCAAAGCUCAAAGGGAUAGAGAACAAAAGCAAUUUGAAGAAGAAGAAGAAAAGAGACAUUGCUGGAUGAAACAGUUUGAAGUUGAAAAGAAGAAAUUAGAGAAUAUUCACAAGCAAGAACAGGACAAGAUGAAUGAUGAACUCCAUAAAGAAGAGAAAAUAUGGAAAGAGAAAUUUAAACAGCAUGAGGAGUUUAUUAAAAAGUUGCAUCUACAAAUAGAAGAAGAAAGAACAAGAUUUAAAGAUCUGCAAGAAAAAGAAAAAAUGCGUUUGUUAAAACUGCAUCAUAAUGCAGCUGUAAAAAUUCAAGCUAAAUAUAAAGCAUUUGUGGUCUACCAAAAAUAUGGUCCAAUCAUAAAAGAACAAAUAGAAAGUAAGAAAAGGAAAGCACAAGAGUGGAAAGAAAAAGAAGCAAAAAUACGACAGAUGGAAGAAGAAAAACGAAAGAGAUUGGAGGAAGAACAAAAGAUUGAAGAAGAGAUAAAAAAGCAGAAGCAAGAGGAAAGGGAGAGGAGAGAAAUAGAAUAUGAAGAAAAAAAGAACAUCGUGAGAAGAGAAAAAGAGCAACUAUUAAACAAAGAAAAAUUAAGGUUAAGAGGAGAUGCAAGCAGACAGCUAAUAAUAAAUAGAGCGUUAAAGAAAGGUGAAUAUAAUGCAAAACAUUUAACUGUUGAAGAUACAUCAAAGAAUAAGGAUGAUAUAGCCAAAAAGGUAGGGGAGGAAAAGUCAAAGGAGUGGGAAGAUGUUCCCCUCUGGCUAGUUGAACAAUCAACUAAGAGAAAAAAUGUAGGUAGACAGCUUGUAUUAAAAGAGCCAAUACAAGUGCAAUUGAAAGAUUCUAUACCAAACCAGGUGAUUUUGGCAGAAAUUGAAAUGGAAGUAAAAAAUGAAAACCUAGCAAAACAACAACAUUCCACAAAAAUCGUCAAGCAAGAAAGAAAAUGUGAAGAUGUAGACAAAAAAACCGAAUUGGAAUACCCAGGUCUGAAAGAAAACGUGAAUGAACAGUUUCAUCUGCAAGAAUUAAAGUCUCAAAUGCAAAAAGGGGAACAUGUGAAACCUGCCAUAAAUGAGAAUGUGAGACAAGACACCCAAACAAUAAUAUUAGGACAUAGUCAAGGAAUUAACAAGGUGAAAAACAAUGAAGCACCGAAAAUAAUCAAAGAUAAUCAACAGAAUAAGGUACAAAAAGUAGAAAAAGAAGAGAUAUCAGAACAGAAUGGACCACUAUAUGAAGAGAAUAAUAUUUUAGUAAUUUCAGUGAAGCAACAACCACUAAAAUUAGAAAAUCCUAAAGAUAUAGGGGAAAAUGUAAUACAACAAGAACAAGAAGUUGAUUUCAUUUCCAAAGAAACUGAGGAGAACCGAGAAGGCAAUACUCUGAAUAGUGAUGUGAUUUUUAACAGCAUUGAUUCCAUGAUAAAUAUAGAAAACAAAAUAAAUGAGCAAGAUUAUACUUUAGGAAGAAAUGCUCUUUGUGAAGAUUUGGGAAGUUUUGAUGCAAAAAAUUUCUUAGUUUCUAAAGAAGUAAACUCUCUUAAGUCUCAAAUUAAAGAAACCGCAGAAGAAUGUCAUAAUAAUAGAGCUGAAUGUGAAAAUAUUGUGACCUGUACUUUACCAAAGUCAACACUUCUAUCUUUUAUUGAAGAAAAGAGGCUAGCUUGGAUAAAAUCAUUUAAACCUUGGUUUGAAAUUUUCAAGCAAAAUCAACAAAAGGAAAUUGUUAGGACAAAGAGACCUGUAAAAUGCCCAGCCAACACGAUGCCUCCUUUGAAUACACUAGAAAUUCUUCAGUGUGGCCCUUGGAAUACUUUACAGCAGGUUACAACAGUUACAUUUCAAGAUUUGCCAGGUUGUAGCCUUUCCACACUGGCAGAGUGUCCAAAUCUUCAAUUUCUGUCUCUUCGACGCUGUGGAUUAACUUCUUUGCACAGCCUGAGUAACUGCAAAAAGCUGAAGCACAUUGAUGCACAGGAAAACCAUAUUGAGUCUAUCAAUUGUGAAAAUUUGGAAAAUCUCUGUGUUGUUCUUCUUAAUAAAAAUCAACUGACUUCUUUUCAUGGUUUGGAUGGCUGCACUAAUAUCCAAAAUCUUGAACUUUCACAUAAUAAAAUCACUCGAAUUGGUGGUUUAGAAUCUUUGAAAAAUCUUCAGCAACUAAUUGUGGACCACAAUCAGUUAAUUAGCACAAAAGGCCUUUGUGAUACUCCUACCAUUAUAUACCUGGAUUGCUCACAUAAUCAUCUUACUAAAGUUGAAGGUAUUGAAAAGUGUGGAUUACUCCAAAUACUGAAGUUACAGGGAAAUUAUCUAAGUGAGCUUCCAUCCUUGGAGAAUCAUGUUCUACUAAGAGAAUUGCACUUGGAUGAUAAUAGCAUUUCAACUGUGGAAGCACUUUCUUCAUAUUGGUUGCCUUUACUACAAAACCUGACUAUCUCUCAAAACAGCCUGACAAAAAUCAUACCGCUUUUUCAUUUUGUUUCUUUGGAAAAACUAGAUGUCAGCAACAAUUGUCUUUCUGAUCUUACAAGUGCCAUUAAGUGGUUUAAUGCAUGUUAUUCUCUCCACGAAUUGUCUCUCACUGGAAACCCACUUCUUCAAGAAGUAAACUGGAGGCAUUCUCUACUUAAAGUGUUACCAGCUCUAAGAGUCCUCAAUGGUGAAAUGAUAAACUCUUGUUCAGAAAGGCAGACUGAAGAAUACUAUCAACCAGAAUUAGGACGUUUCUUGGUACUUUGUCAGUCCCAGAUUCAAGAAUUCAACUUACUAAUUGAAAAUUAUAUUACUGUGAAAGGAAAUUUGGUCACCUUGGAUGCUGCAGAAAAUCUCUGCCAUUAUAAUAAGAAAUUAAUGACACUUAGUAAUGAAUGCCGAUAUUCACAUGAAUGCGGGGAUGCACGUAUCACCCAGAGAGAAGAAUCAGAAGUCCAGCAAAAUCAUUUAGCUACAGAUAGUGAUAGCAUCCUGCAAAAUAGAGUUCUCCAGUCUUGUGCAGACAGGUAUAAACUGGAAUCACCAGAUGUUUCUGAGAAAUGGAUGAAUUCUGACUCUAGUCAUUCUAUAUCAACCAAAUCCUCUCUAUGUGAAGAUACGGAAGGAAGAAAUCAGGGAGAAAUAGCAGACCAGAAGAGAGAAGACAGCAAAUUAAACAGUAUCCCCACGAAAAGAAUCCCAUUUGUGGAAACAGUAAUGACAAGUUCUCUGCUGAGGAAUUGCCAAAAUAUUGGACAUCGUAAUAAAAUUAUGGCAGCUUUGGUAAUCCAGGCACACUGGCGUGGUUACAUGGUACGCAGACAGAUUAAUUUCUCUACAAGUCUACAUACUGCUGCAGUAGGACCCCUGACAUUCCAACCCAAUGACUGCAUCAAGAACAAAACUAUUUUAAAGGAAGAAAAAAGGGAAAACACCGUGAAUAUCCAAGAACAGAGGGAAAAGGCUGCUAUUCUUAUUCAGGCAGUUUGGAAGGGCUUCCUUUUGCGAAAGAAACUGACAACAGCUUUAGAGGCUAUUAAGAAUGAAGAAUCUGAAGAAGAAUAUGAAGAAAUAAAUUUGGAGGAUUUUACAUUUGAUGAAGCUGCCUUAGAGAAAGAAUGGCUAGCUUUAGAUUCCGCCCGCUUCCCUUCACAAACACUGCUUCUCCCGAACCAGCAGCUGCACUGGCCAAAGUUCUGUGGAACCUUAAAAUAUGAUGAUACUUCACUGAAUUUACCAAGCCAUCCAGCUCAAGCGUGGCUAUGUAAUGAGAAAGAAAAUUUGUUUUCAUCAGAACACUCACAGUUUAAUAGCAGACCAGAACACAGAACUUUGUCCUGGACACCUGAAUCAAAGAUCAGCAGAAAGAGUUCGCUAAAAUCUGAAAAAGAAGCAAAAAUUUCGAAAGAAUGGGGCUUUAAGGACAUUGCUACUGCUCAGCAAAUGUUGAAGAGAGCACAGAAGAUGAAAUCAAAGAAAUUAAGGAAAAAAUUAGCAGAUACUCAGAAUAGAAAUACUCAAGAUCCCACUGUUUGCCUAGAAUUAUUCAAAAACAAUGAAAAUAAAGUUUCUGUUACAAAAUCACCAAAGAAGGCACAGCCCAGAAGAGAUGAUCACUUUGAAGGUAAGGAAGAAGAAUUUAUCUACAAGGAUGCCACUGCAAAUGAAAAAUUAGAAAGGAGUAAAGAAUACACAUACCAAUGGCUUCACACACAGGUUGGGAUUCAUGAAACAACUAGUUCCAGAAAUAUGAAAUGCAAACACUUCUUGCCUGAGUUAGAUCCAGAUAUACUUAACGGUGGAAGAGUUCAGCUUGUGGCAAGACUUGUAAGCAGAGAAGACACGGAUUUAGACCUUUUUUCCAUGACCAGUGGAAGUGCUUUGUCUGUAAAGAGAGAAAAAAAAAAUCAGGCACACAGACACUCAGCGGGAUCUUCAAGUUUUUCAGUUAAGGGAAUACUUGCACCAAUGAUAACAAAUUCGAGACCUUCUAAGAAAGAACGUAUGUCAUUUCGUGACUAUCCCGUACAACUCAGUGGUGGAUGGGGAAGUGGCAAAAAGAAGGAGAAAACUUCAAACUAAUUCUUCAAGCUUCAACAUUCAAAACAUAUGGCGCACGGUUUUCUCAAGAGAUCUACGGAUAUCUGGUCAUGUUACCAAUUGAAUACAAGGUUUUAGAGCACUGUCUUUAAUUUGUGUUACUAUACAUAUUCCACAGUUUUGUUUUCUGAUGGAGUUAUCUGAUUUCCCAUCUAUAAAAAACAGGUUAGCUAUUGUUCCUAUGUUUAUGAGGAAUGGCCUCCAGAAUUAAUUCUUAAAAUAUUGUAAUGGAAUUUGCAUAUCCAAUUUCUUCUUUUGUUUAAAGAUUUUAUGACGUAUGUAUUAAAGAUGGUUUUUGUUACCAGUAAG